UGUAGCCUUCCCCCCCCCCAAACAGCAACAAUGGAAGAUAAGAGCAAUGUUGUCACAGGUUUGGCAUCUGCACUGGCAUACUUCUGGAGCUAAGAGGCGGGAGGAGGCUGGGAAGGUGGCCAACAGAUGAGAGGGGCUUGAUCAGAAGCUGCUGAGAUGUGUGUAAACAUAAGGCACUAAGUUCUUUCCUUUAAUUCCUUCCCUGUCCUUCUGCCAGGCUAAGCGCUUUCGUCCGGCGAGUGCCUUUGAGAUCAUGGGGAAACUGCAGAGCAAAAUUAGCCGAAACUCCUCCAAACGCAGGGCCGACAGGUAUGAGGAAGAGCCCCCUCCUGCCAAGGUGGUUCAGCAGCCGUGUCCGGCUCACUGUGAUGCUGUCACUUCAGUGGCGUCCCUCACGACUGAACUGUGCGUGUCAGGUGGCAAAGACAAGACUGUUGUUGUGUACAACUGGCGUCGUGGCACUCUGGUCAGGAGGUUCCUAGGUCACGAGCGAGAAGUUACUAAGGUGACCUGCCUCCCAGCCUCCAACUGGCUCUUCAGCGCUUCCCGCGACAAGACGGCACUGAUGUGGGGGUUCCAGGGGGGCUCUGGGGCAGUCCAGGGCUUCUCAGGGCAUGACCUGGUGGUCACUGGCUUGGCUGUCAGCCCAGUUUUCCAACAGCUUUGCACAGGCUCCCGUGACAACACUGUCUGCACCUGGGACAUAGAGACAGGGGACUGUUUGCACAGAGCGUCCAUUUCCAGGAAUCUGGUAACUCAUCUGUGCUGGGUUCCUGGAGAGCCAUAUAUAGUCCAAGCAUCAGAGGAUAAAACAAUUAGGAUCUGGGACAGCCGGGAGCUGCGUGUGGCCCACGCCUUCCCUGCCAAGCAGCAUAUCCAGACGUCCUGCGAUGUCAGUUCAGACGGGCGGUACUGUGUCAGCGGCAGCAGUGGCUCUGGCGGUGAAGGCUGUGAGGCCACGCUCUGGGACCUGCGGCAGGUGAAGUGCCGAGUGCGAGAGUUUUGGGGCCACUCCCAGACCACGGCAUCCUGCAUCUUCCUCCCUCGGGGCCUUGGGGCCUCCCCGGCCAUUGCUACUUCGUCGCAUGACUGCACAGUGAGAGUGUGGAGCCAGGACUCUGGAGCCUGUGUGGCUACUGCCUGCCUUGAAGGAGCCGGGGCUCUGCCUUCGCUGGCCGCCUUCGAGAGCGGCUCACUCCUUUGCGCCAGCUCCAACUCAGGGAUUCACUUGCUGAAGUUUAGCCCUGCAAAAGGAACCGACCUCCAAGAAGUGGCCAAGUUCUGAACCCCAGAAACCAGCUUCCAUGUGGGAUUGCGGAGCAGCCUUCAUGGGGCUAUUUGGCUGAAAGCCUUCCGUGCUGCUGUGUCAGGGAAGAAGGAAGUGGCACAUAGAUGGGGGUGCCCCACCGGAAGACUUCAUAGGAGCUGCAGCAAAAGGACAAGGGAUCUGAGCCCUGCUAGCAAAAUUGUAGCUCUGCUUAAUGGGUUUAGCCACAUCCAGGUGUAUAAAUGAGAAAGGAAUGGACAGUGGAGCUCCUAAAGUGCCCUUCAUUCACUAUUGUGUGGGGAAGAUGGACCAGA